AUGGGACUGAAACACCUUCAAUUAUCCAUCCUCGUUCUCUCUUUGGCCGCUCUUUGUGUUGCUCUGGUCCUGCCUCAUUGGCACUGUGGCAGUCUUUUUGAAAAGUGCACUCAGGAAGGAGCUUCCAAGCGUGAUGUUAUGUUAGCGGUGACAUGUUGUCUAGUGAUUGGAAUUACCAUGCUUGCUGUAGUUUGUAUUAUCGACUUCAUCCACCUUUGUUCUGACACUCGCUCCGGUGUGGAGAGAGGUGUAAGGCUAGUUCUCCUUUAUAUCGGUUCCCUACUCACACUCGCGGCCGUCAUUCUGUACACCGUGGAGAUUUCUGCCUCUUGGUCUUACUUCAUUGCCACUUGUGGAUCAAUAUUUGCGGUGCAGUUGUCAUUGAUGGGGCUGCUCUACGGACGGUGCUGCAACACCUACAGUGGCGGGGUGAGGAUCAACGAAUGUCACUAA